CACUUUCGUUUCAGAGAGCUCCAUCGCUGUUUCAUCCAGAGCCCCGCCACGCCAAUAUCUCCAAAACUCUCCGUGGUCAGGGAAACGAGCGGUGCUAGAGAGAUGGAUGGCCGCAAUCUGGAGACCAUGAUCGUCAAGAUGGCGGUUCCCGUGAUGGCCGCGCUGCUGCUGUUCACGGCGUCGGCUGUCCCCAUGACGCCAGACGACUGCGCCUGCGCCUGCUUCCGCUCCUUGGUCCGCAAUAACUACUUCCUGACGAUCUGGGUGCUCUGCCAGAUCAACAUGAGCCGUGUUAUGGCGAGGGAGGCCGUCCUGGCGCCGACGCUGGCGGCCCGGCUCUACUACGCGGUGGGCGCCGUCGCGUGCUUCCUGGAGUUCGCGCUCGAGCUGUACAUGAUCCUGGUGCUGUGCCCCGCGGCUGUGGAUGAUGCUGCUUAGUUGCGCCUGCCCAAGGAUCGAAGAUGGAUCGUUUUGGAGUGUGGAGAUGCGCCCUUCUGUUUAGUUUCCAAGUACUCUGCUAUACAAGUUACAAGUUUCGAUUUGCCAGUAUGUUCGCAUUUGGGUACGAGUCUUAUCUUAGUAGUACGCACGUAUCAUUUUGUUCUUAUCUUGUUCCGUUGUGGUUUAGACUACGUACGAACUUGGACGGGAUUUGAAUGUGUUUCAAGCUGAUCAGCCUUGAAGAUUGGAGGGCAAUCACCGAAUUUAUGGCAUUCUGGUUGGGGUUUCAUACUCAUGUUUACCAUAAUAUGAAAAUUCUUAUUUAUGUGA